AUGAGGGAGUUUGCCUUGUAUGCGUUGUCCCGGACCUCGCAAGAGGAAGUGGGCAAAGACAGACGUCGCGCUUGGGGUAUCUGGUUUGUGGUGGUGCUCGAGGUGGGCUCCAUGCUUUGCUUUGUGCAGGUGUCCACGCUUACGCAUGGAGUGUUUCUGGCCAUCCCGGCGAUCAUCCUCCUUGUGUUUGCAGUGGCCAGGCUGGAGGGAAACCGGGAGCUUCUCGUGAAGGAGCCACUCUGCCUUCUUUGGCCUCACUACCAUUCCAGACAUGGGCUUUCCAGGCGCCAGGCACCGGCCACAGGUUGUUACAUGGGCACCGCGCUCCUGCGUGUGGCUUGCAGCUUGGUCUUCUGGGGGAAUGUGGACUUGGACAGAGCUUUUCAGAAUUUCAGUCCAGAAGUCUGCCCGCGCGUAAGAGGGCCAGAACUCUGCAGUUACUAUCCGGCCGGUGGGUUUCAAUGGGCAUCAGCUUGCGUCCUUCGACGAUUCGUUUUGACUAGUGAGGACGAGCGUGUCAAUCGACCUAAGAUGACUAAGAUGUACCAAGCUGAAGACGGGCCGUGCUGGCAAGAAUGCAAAUCAUGCCUGCCGUAUGCUGCUUGGGGAAGGAACAGAGAUUGGAUAGCAGCACCUUGUCAUGUCGGUGACACCUGUCAAAAUAUUUGCUGCCGCUGCCUGCACUGCCGGCUCUCGCCCUCGUUGGUUGGGUGGCUGGUCGAGGGCUGUGUCAAGGGUGCAUUCUAUCCGGGUGUCCCGCGAGAUGUGUACUGGUCAGAAGACGAGAUGGUGUAUUGGCGUGAUGGCAGUGGUCCAGUUACCGCAUCGACUGUUUCCGCUUACUACAGCAACUUCACUUGGCUCUCAGAUAACGCCCUGCUUGCCCAGCUUGCCCGGUGUACGUUGACUCACGAGUUGCACGCUACAUCCCUUGCAACUUUUUCUACCGCCGCAUUGUUUCUGCAGUGGCUUCCAGUAAUCAUGCUCGGUGCGUGGCUUGGCCUCACCUGCUGCUUGCCACUAUUGCUCGGUCUGCAAGGCCUCAUGGCCAUGCUUGGGUCGGCACCACCUGACAUCGACACCCAGGGUGCAAUUGCCAGCAAGGCCGAGCACCUCCGUCGGCAGAUAGCACAAGGCGGUCACCAAGCUGGACUUAAGGAAAAGGUGACCAUUUAUAUGGAUCUUUUUUUCUUUUUGGUGGACUACGCAUCAGACUGGAACUGCUUGCUUCAAUUCGUCCUGGAGCAGCAGUUCGGUCUGGCAGGGGCGCAAGCCGCGAUCAUCGUGGCACCUACCGUGCUGGACUUUUAUCGUGGAAGGAUACAGGUUGUAGAAGUAGUUGGCGGAUUCUUGCGAUCACGCAGGAAGGGCUUCCCCACGAAUUCGUACAUCCAAUCCUUGCGAUCGGAAAAGGGGGUGGAGGCUCCGCUCUCCCUUUUCUUACAGUACUAUGCCUUGCCGAGGGCCACGAGUCUGGCUGGAUUCUGGAGUGUAUGCUUGUCCAUGCCACUGAGCAUGUACAGCAUCUCGAAGCACGUCUACACAACCUUCGAACUCAGUCUCAUCGACAGCUGGACGCCUGCCGGAGAAGUCCAGAGGCAGGAUGCCGCACCCAUCGGCAAUGCAAGUGCAGAUACAGACAUUUCGAUGCCGCAAAGGCCACCCCCUGACCUGAUGAGCGUGGCACCUCCCGCAAAGGCCCCAUUGCCAGGUCCUGCUGUCUUGCCUUCCGCAUUUGAGCGCCAAUUCCUGCCUCCCAUCGCCAUUGAUGGCCAGAGGGUGAACGAAAAGGAGUGA